CACCCUCCUCGUGUCUCCCGUGGAAACAGCGCCGUCAUGUCGCGCGCGCGUCUCUGGAGCGUGUACCUGUGCCUCGCGCUCUCCUCCUGCGCUUCCGGGGUCCGCGCGGGGAGACACCUGCUGCGGCGCGAGGACGAGGACGGCACAUGGUCCGAGAGCGUGGCGAGAGCGCGCUGUGCGUCAAGGUGUCUGGGACUGCACAGCGGACAGAACAAUGCGUCUUUGGACUGGUGUCAGAGCUCCAAACAGUGCGCAACGUGCCUGGAGCCCUGCAAAGCAUCAUGGGUAAUGAAGAAGAGGAGCAGCUGUGACCAGAUGUGUCAGACUACAUUUCCCAUGAUGCCGUGGGAGUGCGUGAGCAGCUGUCAGUUCCUGGUCUCGGCGCUCUCUCUGAAGCAGGGUCAGUGCCCGGGUCCAGACCGCGCUCAGGGCUUCGACGCCGCCUGUGUCCAGAGCUGUGCCCACGACCACGACUGCCCCAAAGCCAGGAAGUGCUGCUCCAACGGCUGUGGGCAGACCUGCCAGAACCCGGACCAGAUCUACGCCGGAGUGCCUCUGAAGCCCAGGAGGGAGCUGAUGUUCAGGGAGGAGGCGUCUGGGGAGGUGGAGGUCAGGUGGUCGGGUCGGUCCGGUGUCUCUGUGGAUCCGGUUGUUUAUGUUCUGCAGCGAAGGUGGAACUUUGGCAUCCAGCCCAGCGAGGACAGCGCCACCAGCUGGGAGGAGGUGGCACAGACGUCCUCCCCCCGGCUCCUGGUCCGGCUCCGGCCCGGGCGCUGGUACCAGUUCAGAGUGUCAGCGGUGAACUCCCAGGGCUCCAGAGGAUUCACCCCCCCGAGUAAACACGUACACUCCAGCACAGAGCCGUCUCCUCCUCCUCCCCCCUCCCACCUCCAAGUUUCCAACCUCACCUUUGGUCCGGGUCGGUCCGCUUCAGUCCGGAUCAUCUGGGAACCUCCUGUAGACCCAGACCAGGUCCAGGAUUCCAGUCUGGAACAGCGAAUCCCAGUCCAGUUCUACUCGGUCUCAUGGAGCUGGACCUCGGAAGAACCAAAACCUGGAACUAAACCAAGACCAGCUGAGAAGAAGAGGAGGAAGACUGUCAGAGAGUCCUCUGUGUCUCUCUGGAGUCUGCGUCAGAACAGGACUUACUCUGUGGAGGUUCAGGCCGUUUCGUUCUGGAGACAAAAUCUUCUCAAAUCUAAAAAAUCUACAAUUCAGUUCAGCACUCACGCUCCUCUCCUUCGAUCAUUUCUUCCUGAAUCCUUCUUAAACGUUGGGACUCCGUUUUACCAGGACGGAGAGCUCAGAGUUCACCUGUACUGGAAAAAAGACUCUUCGACAGAGUUUUACAAAGUCCAGUGGAGUCCUGAACACUGUAGCCACAACCUGACCAAAGAAAUGCAGAAAAUUGUAACUGAGGAGAGUUUCGUGAGUCUGUCGGGGCUGCUGUUCUCCUGUAAGUACCGAGUGGUUCUACAAAAAGUCCAGACCAAGACCGGGUCCAAGUCCAAGCCCGAGAUUGAGUCCUGGUCCGGUUCUAAGUCCGAGUACGAGACCAGGACUUUCCUAACUCCGAGUUGCUCCGUGGUUCAAGCCAAAAGUGUGAAACCGAUCGACUGUACGGAACAAACCGGACCAAGUCUGAAGAAGGACCAGCAGCAGCCAAUCACCAAGCAGCACUGAGAUCAGACAACCAAUCAGGAUUCAGGAAAAUUUUAAAUUGGAUAUUUAUUUUUUUUCUACUGACUAAAACUGGUUUAAUCCUGGUUUAGUCCUGGUUAAACAUUGCUUUAGUCCCUGGUUUAGUCCCAGUUUAGACCUUGGUUUAUUCCCUGUUUAAUCUAGUUCUAAUUUAAAAUUCAUUACCACAAAAAAUACAAAAUACAUAGUUAUUUUUUUCCCAAAUAUCUUGUUGGCUCACUGAAUAGUUGAAAUAGUGACUAAAAACUACAUGUGUAUUCUCCAUUGAGUUUGACUAAAUUAAACCUGACUUGUCCUUGAGUUUGACUAGAUUAAACCUGACUUGUCCUUGAGUUCGACUAGAUUAAACCUGACUUGUCCUUGAAUUAGACUAGAGUAAACCUGAUUUUAGUCCAUGAGUUGGACUUAUUUAAACUUCACUUGUCCAUGAGUUCGACUAGAUUAAACCUGAUUUGUCCUUGAGUUUGACUAGAUUAAACUUGCCUGUUGUUCUUGAGUUUGACUAGAAUAAACCUGACUCUUGACCUUCAGUUUAAAUUGAUUAAACCCGAUUUAUCCUUGAGUCUGACUAGAUUAAACCUGACUUGUCCCUGAGUUGACUAGAUUAAACCUGACUCCUGUCCUUGAGUUAGACUAGAUUAAACCUGAUUUUAGUCCAUGAGUUGGAUUUAUUUAAACCUCACUUGUCCAUGAGUCUAACUAGAUUAAACCUGAUUUGUCCUUGAGUCUGACUAGAUUAAACCUGAUUUGUCCUUGAGUCUGACUAGAUUAAACCUGACUUGUCCUUGAGUUUAAAUAAAUUAAACCUGACUUGUCCUUGAGUUUCACUAGAUUAAACCUGACUCUUGCUCUUAUAUUGCCCCUGUAAAUGUUGUACAUAUUAAUCAUAUUUAUUUCUUUUGUGAAAAUGUGUUUUUUAAACCUGAAUUAUUCUGUAUAAAGAUUUAACCCAAA